AUGAAGGGCGGACUCUUCAGUUCGCUAUGCAGCGCGUUGCUGCUGCUCCUCGGCCAAAACGCGGCGGGCCAUGAGCACGGCCAGCUCGAGGGCUACGAGACGUCAAAAUGGGUGCUGCGACGAAGUGCGGGCGCCCAGUACGCGUGCAAGUGCUACCCGGGGGAUUCCUGCUGGCCCAACAAUGGUCAAUGGCAGAAGCUCAACAACACGGUCAACGGGAAUCUGCGCAUCAAUAUCCCGCCUGGCGCGCCGUGUUACAACACGUUUAAGGGACCGUUGGGGGAUGUCAGGACGUACAACAAGCCCGAGUGUGACCGAGUGACGGCGAACUUUGCGGAUGAGCAGUUCCAAAUCGAAUUGCCUGCCGCCGGCCUCUGGACGUAUUUCACCAACGACACCUGCCGCCCGACGACAACCCCCACCGACACGUGCACGCUGGGUUAUUACCCGGUCCUCGUCAUCAAGGCCAAGACUACAGCGCACAUCCAGGCCGGCGUCAAGUUUGCGCGCGACAACAACCUGCGCCUGAUCAUCCGUAACACGGGCCACGACUUCCUCGGUCGCAGCGUCGGCUGGGGCGCCCUCGUCAUUAACACGCACAGUUUUCAGGACAUCAAGGUCUCUAACUCGUAUAGCGGGCCGUCAGGCUACAAGGGGUCGACUAUUACGGUCGGCGCUGGCGUCCAGGCGUUCCAGGCGCUCAAGAAGUUGAAUGCCCUGAGCCCGCCCAAGGUGAUGGUCACUGGCGAGUGUGCGACGGUUGGUGUAGCCGGCGGUCUCGUCCAGGGCGGCGGCCACGGCCCGUUGACAAGCCUGUACGGUUUCCUCGCCGACACAGCGCUGGAGUUCAAGGUCAUCACAGCCGACGGCGCGCUCAAGACGGCCAAUGCCAACACCAACGCGGACCUCUUCUGGGCCCUCCGGGGCGGCGGCCCAGCCUCAUUCGGCGUCAUUGUCGAAGCGACCUACAAAACCUUCGACGACAAGCCCAGCGCGGGCGUGCUCCUCGACAUUAACCUCAACGGCGCGGCCGACCCGGCGCUUUUCUGGGAAGGCAUCCGCAUCUUCCACAGCUACACCACCCACUUCGUCGACAACGGCCUGUACGUCUACUACGAGCUCGGCACCGCCGGCCAAAACCUGCAUGUGCACCCCUUUGUGGGCGUCGGCAAGACCCCCGCGGAACUGCAGGCCGUGCUACAGCCGUUCCUCGACGAUCUGAACGCCGCCGGCGUGCCAUACACCAGCAGCGCCGCGAACUUCAAGACCUUCUACGACCUGUACCAGGCGCAGUUCGAGACCGAAGUCGCGGGUAACUCGGCGCUGACGGGCGGAUGGACGAUUGCACGGGAGGAUGUGGCCGCCGAGGGGGGCAACGACGCCGUGAUCGAGGCUUUCAAGACGGUGCUGGGUGCGGGGUCGUUCAUGAUCGGGCAUAUCUGGAGUGCCGGACACGGUCUGCCCCAGGCCGAAUGGGCCAACAGCGCCGUGCACCCGACCUUCCGGCAGGUGGUGGACAAGCUGAUCACCAUUGUGCCUGUGUCCGGAAAUGCACCGCUGGCAGACAAGGCGGCGGCGCAGGAUCGGUUGACGAAUGUUGUGGAUGCUGCGCUGCGGAAGGCAUCGCCCAAUGGGUGUGCUUAUAUCAAUGAGGCCGACCCCUACGAACCAAACUGGCAGACGGCGUUUUGGGGCGACAACUAUGCCCGACUGCUGAAGCUGAGACAAAAGUAUGAUCCGAAUGGGGUGUUUUAUGCCGUGUCCACUCCCGGGACGGAGAAGUGGGUGCAGAUUGAGACGGGGACAAGGUUGUGUUUGAAGUUGUAG